AUGUAUAGCGGUGCAAUCCAUCGUAAGCGGAAGGUCAAAACAGGCUGCAAGACAUGCAAAAAACGCCGCGUCAAAUGCGAUGAAGGAAGACCAGCCUGUCGCCAAUGUGUCUCAUCCAGUCGACCAUGCGAUGGCUACGGCAUCUGGGGCGGAGGUGGAACUCCCUAUAUGCCGCCCCAAAGCCACCGUGCUCUUUCUGUCUACUGCACUCCGGUCCCAGCCGGUAGUCUCAAUGACCAAGAACAGUUCGCAGGCAUAUUCCAGUCCGACUUCUGGGAGACAUUGAUCUUCCAGGCUAGUGCACAAGAGCCCGCUGUACGCCACGCAGUCAUCGCUCUCGCGUCCGCUCAUCGCUUCGAGCAGCGCUUUGAUCCCAGAUUCCCUGAUGCCCCGGAUCCAGUCAAUGAACAGUUUACUUUGCAGCAGUAUAAUAAGGCCAUCUCGCACCUACGCACAAAGACAACCCAAACUAGUCAUUCGCUCCGAGUGGCUCUGAUUACAUGCAUGCUGUUCGUCACAUUAGAGUAUCUACGUGGCCAGUAUUUGAUGGGCAGUGCACAUCUUCGUUAUGGCAUGCGACUCUUGACGGAAAUCUCCGCGUCAACCUCUCCAUCAGCAAUGACGCCCAAAAUCCUGCGUCCUAAGGAAGACUUCGCUUAUAACGCUCUGGUCGACACUUAUGCUCAGCUGGGUAUUCAAUCAGCCAUGUUCGGUCACAUACCUUCGAACAUGUGUCUUGUAACUCAAGACCCCCAAUCCACCAUUCCCUACAUUUUUUCAUCUCUCCUUGAAGCCCGACGUAGCAUCGACGACCAUCUCAACCGAAUUCAUUGUUUGAAGCGCCAUUUCCGCGACCAACGACCUGAUAAUAUUCAAGAGAUGUCCGAGGUGCAAUCCUGCAUCCUUGCAGACCUCGUGCUCUGGCGGAAAGCGUAUAAUGCCUCACUUGCACGUCUCGAAUCUCAUAAUACCUCAGGCAGAGACAAAUUCGGAUAUCUGCUCUUACGUGUAUAUCACGAGAUGGCAACCAUCAUGGCAUCGGUAUGUCUAGCAGGAAGUGAGGACUCGGAGAUGAUAUUCGACGAAUACACGGAGAAUUUCAUCACGAUCAUGUCGGGGCUUAUUGACAUGUGGAAGAGCUGGACAUCUGCCAAUUUCCCUGAUCAAGAUCUGUCAAAGCUCACAGAAGAGUCAUCUAAUUUUCGAGAGAUCUUCGAGAAGUUUCAAAAUAUGUCCGAUACGAAUGUCUUCUUCGAGAGCUCGCUUCUUGAGAUCCUUGAGCAUUCCUCUGAGAUCAAUGAUAUUUUGAAAACGCCAGAUUGUGGUGGCAGUGGGUUCACAGUUGAAACAGGCUAUAUCCCGCCUUUUUAUUACACGGCGUUGAAAUGUCGGGUGCCGCGGAUACGGAGACAGGCUGUUAGCGCACUGAGGGCAGCGCCGCAUAGGGAGGGGGUUUGGAAUGGGCCGUUGCUAGCUAGUGUGUUGGAGGCGGUCAUUAAGAUCGAAGAAGCGGAUUUGUAUAAAGGCGAGUCGAGGGUUCAUUCGCCGGUUGGCUUUCUCCUUCCCAGGCCGGAUGAUUUGCUCGUACCGAAGGUUCCUGCUGAGGCGAGGAUCUCCGAUGUCAAGGUUAUCUUGCCGGAUCAUGUACCUGGUGAGGUCUAUAUCAAUUAUCGAAAGAAGGCCGCGGAUGGUGAAUGGGCUCAUUUUAGACAAAGAGUCGAAUUACAGUCGAGGAACGAGCCCAGAUGA